AAUAAAACAUAGAAAAUAUUAGAAAUUAAGUAAUAGUUAUUGUCGAAAAGCCAGUCAUUUAGUGUGUAGUAUUAAUAUUAUAAAUAUAGUUUUAAUUGUGUAUUUUAAACACUUAGUGCCAAAUUAAAUAUAAAAAUGUUCGACUUUUUAUAAUCAAUUUCAAAAUGAUUUUGCGGUUUUGCUUGCUGGAAAUUUUAAUUUUCUUCUGCUAUGUUUCGUUGUCCUAUACAUCAAGUAAUCUCAAUACAGAAUCUAUAAGUUCAUGUCAAGCGAAUCAGUUUAAGUGUGGUUCUGGAGAAUGCAUACCAUUAAAAUGGAAAUGCGAUUUCAGUCCUGAUUGUUCUGAUGGUUCAGACGAAAUUCAAUCGUGUGGUACUCCAGUUUGUAAGCAUACACAGUUUCAAUGUUCAUUAUCCGAGAAAUGUAUACCUCGUGAAUGGAUAUGUGAUGGCGAACUUGACUGCGGGAUGGCCAUAAAUUCCACUACGGAAACCGAUGCAUCAGAUGAAGAUCCAUUGCAAUGUCAAAAACCAGGUAGUUGUCCACCAAAUAUGGCUCGAUGCGGUAAUUCAACAAAAUGUGAAUAUAUUGAAAUAUUUUGUGACGGCACUGCUCAUUGUGAAAACAGUACCGACGAAGGCACAUUCUGUGAAAAUAUGGCUCCUUGUCAUGGAUUAAACUGUACACACGGAUGUAGACCAACUGGUAAAGGACCUGCUUGCUUUUGUCCCGAAGGAAUGCAACCCCACAAAAAUGAAUGUUUAGAUAUGGAUGAAUGCGAAGUAUUGGACUACACUUGUGAUCAAAAAUGUACCAAUAACAAAGGAUCUUAUAGUUGCAGUUGUGUGCCAGGAUACAUUCAAAUUAAUUCUACCUGUAAAGCAGUAAACGUUCCUGAAUCUGAGCCAGCCACAAUAUUCGUUAGCACGUCGAAAGAUAUUCGACGGAUGUAUCUCAACGGUACAUCUUAUCCAGGUCCAAAAUGUAACGUACAAGCUUUGUCAUUGACGUUUGACCACAAAAAUCAAACCAUAUGUUUUGUUCACCAACACAACAAGACCGGGGCCAAAUUGAGUUGUGCUAAGGUUGACAACCUUUCGGUAUUUUGGGAUUUACCGUCACCGACAUUUUAUCCGUUGCUAGCUACUACGCAUGUAGCUUUGGAUUGGGUGUCAGGAAAUUGGUAUUAUGUUGAUGAUGACCGAGACAUGAUUUAUAUGUGUACGCCUACAAUGCAAUAUUGUAGCAUUUUGAUUGAUGUAAAUUUAAAUAGACCAAGAAGUAUUGCUCUCGAUCCCACCAAAGGGUAUAUGUUUUUCACUAAAUGGGGACAAUUCCCCGCUAUGGUAGAAAGAGCUCAGUUGAAUGGUCAAGGAAGACAUUCUUUAGUUGAUCACAAAAUAGUAUAUCCUUACGGAUUGACUGUUGAUAUUCCAUCGGAACACAUUUAUUGGGUUGAUACAUACUUAGAUUUUGUGGAAAGAAUAAACUAUGACGGCUCAAAUAGGCGAACUAUACAAAAAGGAUUUCCGGUUAUAAAUUUAUAUGAUAUAUCAGUGUUCGAAAAUCACCUGUAUGUGACAUCUUGGAGAUUACAAAGCGUUAUAAAAUUGAGCAAAUUCAACAGUAGUUCAUACGAAUCGUUAAUGACAAACUUAAGUCGCCCAUUUACAAUUCAUGUGUACCACAGACAAGAGCAACCCGAAAUUAUCCACCCUUGUAAAAUAGAUAAUGGUGGAUGUGACCACAUUUGUAUCACCGCCUACAAAGAUUCUAGGCCAAUUGCUCAUUGUUUAUGUCAACCUGGUUACAGACUUAAUUCAGGAAAAUGCGUUUCAUCAAAAUUAUCGGCGUUUUUAAUAUUUGGAAAAAGCAAUCCUCCCAUGAUCAAAGGGAUUUCCAUGAAUCCAAAGAAACAUCAAGAACAAAUCAUUUUACCGUUGAAUGACGGACGAAUGCCAACGUCCAUUGAUUAUGAUGUUAAAACACAGACAAUUUAUUAUUCGGGAGGAAAAAGAAAUGCAAUAGAACGAAUAAGGUUAAACGGAACAAGAAGUGAAUCGGUCAAAAUGUUACCGGACAUGAACUGUGAAGGAUUGGCCAUUGACUGGUCUGGUCGUAACUUGUUUUGGACUGAUGAAGGUUUGGGUACAGUGAAUGUAUUUAAAUUGGAUGAUCCAUCUAGACAAAAAGUACUCAUCACGGAUAAAGCUUAUCAUCCGAGAUCUAUUGUACUAGAUCCUAAAAAUGGUUUUAUGUAUUGGGGUAAUUGGCCUCAAAGUUCGGCUAGAUCAGGGGGUAGUAUUGAAAAAGCUUGGAUGGAUGGCAGUAAUCGGACAAACUUUGUGAAAGCCGAUGUUCAGUGGCCUAUUGGAUUAACUCUGGACUUUUUUACCAGACGAUUAUAUUGGUCCGAUGUUUAUCACGAUAGAAUAGAACGCAUAGAUUUGGACGGUAACAACAGAGAGGUGUUAAAGCGAUCUGCUCCUUAUCCUUACGGCGUUGCUGUGUACAAUGAUUUAUUAUUUUGGACCGAAACUGAUGCCACAAAAGGAUUGGUUAAAAGUUAUAAUUUAGUUAACAAAUCUCACGAGACUCUCGGAGUUGAAAAUCCGCCAUUGUUUACAUUAAAAGUGUAUAAUAGCGAAGCGCAAAUAAAGACAUUGUCAUACUGGUGUGAAGAAGCAGACCAAUGUUCUGGAUUAUGCAUGUCUACACCGAAGGGGCCUGUUUGCUUAUGUAAUGAUGGUUACGCGUUAAAAGCGACCGACAAUAAAAAGAAAGAGUGUGUAAAAUCUAGCAAUUAUUCGGUACCAACUCUUUGCGGUCAAGACAGUUUUCAAUGUGUCAAGACUAAACAGUGUAUACCGAAAAAGUUAAUGUGUGACGGUGAUAAUGACUGUGGAGAUGGCUCGGAUGAAGAUACCAUAACUGGUCCAUGUUCUAAUGUCACAUGUCCUCCAGAAAGUUUUUCGUGUGACCAUAAUAAAUGUAUUUCAAAGUUUUGGGUGUGUGACGGGGACAGCGAUUGUAAUGAUAAAAGUGAUGAAAACCCUGAUUUGUGUGCCCAAUGUUUGCCAUCCCAAUUUGCGUGUGCUAUUACGCGACGUUGUAUACCUCAUUCUUGGGUGUGUGAUGGAACAUUUGAUUGUGGUGAAGGAGAUACUUCUGAUGAACAUCAGUUCUGCGAAAUUCAUCAUGUUUGUGAAAACUUGGAGUUUACUUGUAAAAACGGCCACUGUAUCUCUUAUGAUUAUGUUUGCAAUAUGGAAGACAAUUGUGGCGAUUGGUCAGACGAAGCAAUGUGUGGUGAUUGUCCUGGACAAUUUUAUUGUGCUAAAAAUAAUACUUGUAUACCUUUGAAGAAAAAAUGUGAUGGAAUAAUUGAUUGUGAAGGUGCGUUGGACGAAUUGAAUUGUAACGAAUCAAAUACUACUAAACACAUUUGUUCAAAUGGAGAAUUUUUGUGUUCAAAUUCAUCUGGAUUUUGCAUCGAUAAACGUUACGUUUGUGAUGGAUUACCAGAUUGUCCUGAUGGUGGUGAUGAGAAAGAUUGCAAAUUUGUCAAAAAUUGUACUGGUGAAUUAUGCAAUCGUAUUGACAAUAAUUCUACCAAUUGCUCGUAUCCUAGUCAUUCCUGUGACAAUAAUACAAUGUGUUUACCAGUCGACUUACUGUGUGAUGGUAAAAAUGAUUGUUUAGAUGGUUCGGACGAAGGUGGACAAUGUGUUGAAAAUUUAUGCGAAACCGCAUCAGAAUGUUCACACGUUUGCAAAAACAGUCCAAGUGGAUUUUUAUGUCUAUGUCCAGAAAAUAUGAGCAUUCAACUAGAUGGAGUAACGUGUUCAAUUACAAGCCCAUGUACCGUAUGGGGUACGUGUUCGCAAAAAUGUUUGGAAAUUGGCAAAUAUGCUCAUAAAUGUGCUUGUAACCACGGCUAUUUAUUAGCUGCCGAUAGAUUUACGUGUAAAAGCACAGAUGAAUCUACGCCUCAAAUAAUAUUUAGCAAUAAACAUGAAAUACGUGGAAUCAAUUUAGUUACUAGAGAUGUCAAGUCGUUAAUUUCUAAUUUAAAAAAUACUGUUACGUUAGAUUUUUAUCACGCAAAAGAUGGAACCGACACAUUAUACUGGACUGAUGUGAUGGAUGAUAAAAUUUUCAAAGGCACUAUGAUCGGUGGUUCUUUAAGUGACAUCGAAGUUGUGGUACAAAAUGGAUUGACUACAGCCGAAGGUCUUGCUGUUGAUUGGGUAGCUGGUAAUCUUUACUGGGUCGAAAGUAACUUAGAUCAAAUUGAAGUGGCAAAACUAAAUGGCAGCUUUCGAAGAAGUCUGAUUGCCGGCGAUAUGGUUAGUCCUAGAGCUAUUGCAUUGGAUCCUAGAUUUGGUUAUUUGUUUUGGUCCGAUUGGGACUCGUCUGCUCCUCGAAUUGAGCGUUGUAGUAUGGCUGGUGAACACCGUCAAGUUAUUGUUUAUGUGAAUAUGUUUGAAUACGGAGAAUGGCCCAAUGGUUUGACGUUGGACUAUGAAUUGAAUCGAAUCUACUGGAUUGAUGCCAAAUCAGAUUCAAUACACACAGUGGAUUACAACGGUCAUGAUCACCAUCAAGUGCUCAAAGGUCAUGAACUCCUUUCUCAUUCAUUUGCUAUCACACUUUAUGAAAAUGAUAUAUAUUGGACUGAUUGGCGAAGUAAUUCAGUAAAUAGGGCAAACAAAUGGACUGGAUCUAAUGUUACUGUUGUUCAACACACUGUUACCCAACCUUUUGACGUAAAGGUUUUACAUCCUAGUCGACAGCCCAAAGUUGAAUUUAAUCCCUGUGGAAAUAACAAUGGAAAUUGUUCUCAUUUGUGUUUGUUAAACAUGAAUUCUACUUACAAAUGUGAUUGUCCACAUGUAAUGAGAUUAUCAAAAGAUAACCAUACUUGCAUAGUCAACGAGAUAGUGCUGUUGUUUGCGCAAAUUAAUGAGAUUCGAGGAGUCAACUUGGAACAACCUUAUUACAAUACAAUUCCCACAUUGCUCUCAUAUGACUCUCAACCACUUUUAAAUAUACAAAUAGAUUACGUUGCAGCUGACAAACAGAUCUAUUGGUCCGAUUAUUCUAGUAACGAAAUAAAAAGGUCUAGUUUAUCUGGUGGAAAUAUAGAAGUAAUUUUAGACACAGGAAUACAUCAACCACUUGGCUUUGCUAUUGACUGGAUGUCUAGAAAUAUGUUUGUCGCAGUUAGCACAGAUCAACAUUCCCUUGUUGAAGAAAAUAUCACUGUAGCCAAAACUAUAAUCGCUUGCAAUCUUAACGGAGAAUAUUUCACUACAUUGUACUCGAGUGACUGGACCGAUCUAGAGAAUAAUAAAACUGUGCAAUUAGGUUCAUUAGCUGUGUUUCCUGAACAAGGAAAACUAUUUUGGGUCCAAGCUAUGGCCAGUGGACAUCACAAUAUUAUUAUGUCCGAUAUGAAUGUCUCUUCUAGAUCUAUAAUAUUUUCAGAAAAAAUUAUUCCAUUUGUACCCGGCCUAACAAGUUUAACUGUUGAUCAAGAAACACACACACUGUAUUGGGUGAAUUUAGAUAAACAUUUGAUUCAUUCGUACAACAUUCGAGAUUUAAAAUUAAAUCCUCCAUUGAAAUUACCUGAAGAAAGUACCCCAUCGUCCAUCGCCUUGUACAAAAAUGAUAUAUACUAUGUAGACAAUAAAUUAAUGAAUAUUCAAGUGGCCAACAAAAUAACAGGUGAAGGAAAUACUGUGUUCCGCAACCUAACUGGAGAUGUAUACGCAUUGAGCCUUUACGAUCCAUCAUUGCAACCUGAUGCAAAAGUUCGUUCACAUUCAAAUUUUUGUUCAAAACAUCGAGGAUUUUGUUCACAUCUUUGUUUAACGAUUUCGGCUAAAGAUCGAGUUUGUCAAUGUGCUACUGGCUACGUGAUAGACCCUAGUGACAACACAAAAUGUUUAGGCAUCAAUGAAUUCUUAUUAUAUACGGUGGAGUCUGAAAUCAAAGGCGUAUCUUUGGUUAAAAAUGAUAGCCGCCAAGUUUUAAGUCCACUGUCAAAAACAUCAAUGGCAACUAGUAUUGACUUUUAUGAAGAUUAUAUAUACUGGUCUGAUGACGAACAAGGAACCAUUAUGAGAAUUAAGCGUGAUGGAACCGGUAGACAAACUAUUGUAAAUCACGAACAUUCUAGUAAGAUAACGCUAGGAACUUUUGUGUCAGGAAUUUCAAUUGAUUGGAUUACUGGUUACAUUUACUGGGCUAAUCCAACAUUCAAUAUUAUACAAGUGGCCAAUUUGAACGGGACUAAUGUUUAUGUAGUGUUAGAUGGUGGAGAGACCAUGGAAAGACCUAAUUCUUUGGCCGUGGACCCUGUGUUUGGGUUUCUCUUUUGGAGUAUUAGACGCUAUCAUGGAAUAUUCCGUUCUACGUUGAACGGUCAUAAUAUCAAAAAUAUUGUACACAAUAAAAAUAAACCGUUCAUUGAAGAUAUCACAUUAGACUAUUUGAAUGGCAAGCUGUAUUUUUGUCAACAAAGCUUAAUUGGUCGUUGUAAUUAUGACGGCACUGAAUAUGAAAUAUUAUAUGAAGAUAAAGAUAUUAAUCCAGCUAGUAUUGUUGUUCAUAACGGAUAUAUCUAUUGGUUUGGCCUAAUGCAAAUACAAGGCUCGUCUUCGCUGAUGGUGUCACCUAUAAACAAUAUUUCUGCCUCAGAAGAGUUAAUACACGAGUAUGGAGAACAUCCGAAAGAUAUACAAAUAUUUUCCAAAGAUCGGCAUCAGGGAUCUAAUGUUUGUGCUAAAAAUAAUGGAGGCUGUCAGGAAUUGUGUUUGUUUAAUGGAACACAUGGUGUUUGUGCCUGUUCCCAUGGUAUUGUUAGCGCUGAUGGAAAAACGUGUGAAGACUAUGAAACAUUUGUUAUGUAUUCUCGAGUCAAACAAAUUGAUAGCAUCAACGUACCAGAAAAUCCUUUUAUUUUUACCACACCAUUCCGAGUCAUGCAGUCAAAAUCAUUUAUGCAAAAUAUAAUUGCACUUUCAUUUGAUUAUGUGCGUUCUUUACUAUUUUAUUCGGAUAUUCAACGUGGUACUAUUGAUGCCAUACACUUCAAUGAUACAGGACAUCGGGUUAUCGUUGAAUAUCAAGGUUCUGUAGAAGGAAUUGAUUACGAAGCAAAGGAAAAUAUGCUUUACUGGACGAGUAGUAAUGCGUCCAUCAGCCGAAUAAACUUAAGUAAAUCCAAUGCUACACCUGAAAUGGUUUUAAAAUUAGGACAAUCCGACAGGCCUCGCGGAAUAGCCGUUGAUAGUUGUGAUUCCCGAAUGUAUUGGACAAACUGGAAUAAUCUAAAACCCAGUAUUCAAAGAUCUUACUUAAACGGAUACAUGGUAGAGACAAUAAUAAUGACAGACAUUCAAAUUCCAAAUGCUCUCACGUUAGACCAUGUUAGCCAGAAAAUUUAUUGGGGUGAUGCAAAAUUAGACAAAAUUGAACGUUGUGAAUAUGACGGAUCAAAUCGAGUGAUUCUGGAUGACGUGUAUGCACAACAUCCAUUUGAUAUUGCUGUUUAUGGCGAUUAUUUCUUUUGGACAGAUUGGAUGUUAAAUGCAGUUUUACGUGCUGAUAAAUACACCGGUAAAAAUGUGGUUUGGAUAAGAAAAGAUGUACUCAGGCCAAUGGGGAUAGUAGUUAUUGCAAAUAACACAAAUGAAUGUUCUAAGAAUCCAUGCCGUGUGCUUAACGGUGGUUGCGAAGAUAUUUGUAGAUUGGAUAUCAAAGGCAACGUAGAAUGUUCAUGCCAGCGAAAUCGUGUGCUUUUGCCUGAUAAAAAAAGAUGUGUCGAGAGUUUAAGCACUGGGCGAAAAAAUUGUUCGAGUAAUGAAUUCACAUGCUCUUCCUUUGAUUGUAUACCGUUUGAAAACACUUGUGAUAAUAUACCGCAUUGUCAAGACGAAUCUGACGAAGACAUUAAAUAUUGUGCCACAAGGUCUUGCCCUGAUGAUUUCUUCGCGUGUCAAGAUUUGCUAAAUCGUUGCUUUCCGAAAGAACGUAAAUGUGAUGGUCACAUAGACUGUUUUGAUGGUUCUGACGAAUUGGGAUGCACUUGUCAAAAUACUACUUAUUUUCGUUGUAAAUCUGGUGAAUGUAUUGCUCCAAAUUUACGCUGUGACAAAGAUCCCGAUUGCAGUGAUGCAAGUGACGAAAUUGGAUGUGGGCUAACAACACAUUGUGAAGAAUUAGUGCUCAGCGCAACAGUAGUAAGCUGUAAUUCAACUACUGCUUGUAUACAUCCAUCUUGGAUUUGCGAUGGCCAAAAUGAUUGUUGGGAUAAUAGUGACGAAGAAAAUUGCCCUACAACAAAAACUCCAUUGCCAUCGAAAAAUAAUUGUUUGCCCAGUGAUUUCAAAUGUUCUAACGGUAAAUGUGUCUCCAAAUCUUGGGUGUGUGACGGUGACGACGAUUGUGAUGAUUCAUAUGAAACUUCAUUACCUUCGUCAGACGAAAGGAAUUGCUCUGUUAAAUGCAAACCAUCCGAAUUCCAAUGCAAAACAAAAUUUGAAGAUUAUGAGUGUCUACCUGCAUCGUGGCAAUGCGAUGGGACUCCUGAUUGUAUUGAUGGAGCCGAUGAACCUAAGGACUGUUUGAGUAGAAAUUGUUCAAGUAGUGAUUUUCAUUGUAACAAAACUGGAAGAUGCAUACCUAUUACUUGGGUAUGUGACAAAGACAAUGACUGCGGUGAUGGUUCUGAUGAAAAUGAAGAAAAAUGUAAAUUUAUUAACAGUACAGCAUGUCCUCUUGAUCAAUUUCAAUGUGUUAACAAAAAAUGCAUCUUUCACGAAUACUAUUGUGAUGGACAUAACGACUGUGGUGAUAAUUCAGAUGAACCUGAAAAUUGUAAAAUAUGCGAUCCUAUCAAAGAAUUUAUUUGCGAAAACGGUGUCUGUAUUUUGCAGUCUGAUGUUUGUAAUGGUAAAAACGAUUGCGGUGACAAUUCAGACGAAAACUUACAUAAAGAGGAAUGCAAACAUUACAAAAACGAAAGUUGUUCAUGGCCUGAUAACUUCUUUUGUCAGAAUAAGAUUUGCAUUAACGCAAACCUCACAUGCAACGGUCAAGACGAUUGUGGAGAUUUUAGCGAUGAAGAUAAAUGCAAUAUCAACGAAUGCUUAUUAGAAAAUGUCACUCUAAUGUUCCGCCCUUGUGAGCAUAUAUGCAUAGAUCGUUCAGUCGGUUACGAGUGUCAGUGUCAUUCUGGCUACAAAUCUGUCGGUUCUCUAUGUCAUGAUAUUAAUGAAUGCAACUCUACUGACAUUGUAAAGCCUUGCAGUCAAAUAUGCUACAAUACCAUCGGGUCUUUUAAAUGUGACUGCACUGCUGGGUAUACUUUACUACCGGACGGUCACUCUUGCAAAGCUUCAACGAACAUAAAACCCGUGUUGGUUUUUGCGAAUGUUCACUAUAUUAAAGAAAUUGAUCUGAGAGGUACGGAAAAUUCAAUGAUAGCCAAUAACUUAACAAAUGCCGUUGCUGUUGAUUACGAUUUUGCUGAAAACUGUUAUUAUUGGUCCGACGUCACCAACCAAGGUAGCACAAUAAAACGACUAUGCAAAGAUAAAUCCUCAGAGCGUUUGCACGGGCCGGCAAUCUACAGCCCCGACGGAAUUGCUGUUGACUGGAUUGCUAAAAAUUUAUAUUGGUGUGACAAAGGCAAAGACACUAUAGAAGUAUCCAAGUUGAAUGGUCAUUUUAGGAAAGUUCUAAUUAACAAAGGUCUCCAAGAGCCUAGAGCCAUCAGUCUGGAUCCGAUCCGUGGAUACAUGUACUGGACUGAUUGGGGCGAAGUGCCUCACAUUGGUAAAGCUGGAAUGGACGGUAGUGAACCCAGAGUUAUAUUGAAUGAAUCUCUCGGUUGGCCAAAUGCUUUAGCUUUGAGCUUAGCAACUGAAGAACUAUUUUGGGCUGAUGCUAAAGAAGAUUAUAUCGCCUAUUCCGACCUAAACGGCAACAACAAGCGUGUAGUUAUGAGUAGAAAAAUGAAUCCUGCCGUGAAUCUGCAUCACGUAUUUGCAAUUACAUUGUUCGAAAAUUAUGUUUAUUGGUCGGACUGGGAAACCAAAACUAUUCACAAGUGUCAUAAAUAUUCAGGUCUCGGGUGUCAAAACGUUACAACACUCGUUUAUAAGCCUAUGGACAUCAAAGUUGUACAUCCUUUAUUGCAGCCAUCGAGAGCAUAUAAUCCGUGUGAGAAAAAUAACGGUGGCUGUAAAGCAUUAUGUCUUCUUUCACCUUCUCUGGGUCGAACAUGUGCAUGUCCACAGGAUUUCAUAUUAGCUCCGGACAACAUGAAUUGCAUUGCUAAUUGUACAUCAUCACAUUUUGUGUGCGCUAACACAUUCAAAUGUAUACCAUUUUGGUGGCACUGUGAUAAGCAUGAUGAUUGUGGUGAUGGAUCAGAUGAGCCCGCCAACUGCACUGAUUUCCAUUGUACACCUGGGCAGUUUCAGUGCAAUAAUAAUCAGUGUAUACAUCCAAUGCAAAUAUGUAAUGGUAUAGCUGAUUGUAAAGAUAAUUCUGAUGAAGACGAUUGUGAAAAUUAUACAUGUCUGGAUACGGACUUUAAAUGUCAACGAGGUACAAAUAUUUCGUCAAAUCCUUCUUGUAUAUCGAACCAACUCAAAUGUAAUGGCCACAAAGACUGUUUAGACGGUGAAGACGAAAAAGAUUGUAAAUCAAAAGCUUGUGCCACUAAAGAAUUCAAAUGUGCAAUUAGUGGAAAAUGUAUUCCAAAAGUAUUUGUUUGUGACGGAGAAAACGAUUGUGGUAAAGACGACGAUUCAGAUGAAAUACUAAACUGUACAUCGAGAACAUGCGCCCCAGAUGAAUUUCGUUGCAACAGCGGUCGAUGUAUUCACCAAAUGUGGAAAUGUGACGGAGAAAAAGAUUGUCCCGACAGUGAAGACGAACCUCCUUCUUGUUUUAACACUACGUGUGAUCCCACUUAUUUCAAGUGCGCUAACGGACGAUGUAUUCCUGGUCGUUGGCGAUGCGAUUUUGAAAACGAUUGUGGCGACAGAUCGGAUGAAGCCGGAUGUUCACCGAGGAAUUGUACCGAUGUUGAAUUUAGGUGUUCUGAUAGUCGAUGCAUACUACUUACACAAAGAUGUGAUGGAAAAACCCAUUGUUCGGAUAAUAGUGAUGAAAACGAUUGUGAAGCUCAUGUAACCUGUGGCAGCGACGAUUUCCACUGUAAUGGUUCAUACCAUUGUAUUUCUCCGAAGUGGAGGUGCGAUGGAGACCAAGACUGUCCUGACGGCUCGGACGAGUGGAAUUGCACAGAUAAAAUAGGAAAAGGAUGCUCUAUCAGCCGUAAUGGUCAGUUUGUAUGUAACAAUGGUGACUGCAUAUCAUUGGGAUCGAGAUGUGAUGGCGAAGAAGACUGCGCAGAUGGUAGCGAUGAAAAUCGUACAAUGUGUGCACAGGUUGCUUGUCCACCAGGAAAGUAUCGGUGCAAUAAUGACAACUGUGUGUUCAAUACAAAUGUUUGUGAUGGAAUUGAUCACUGCGGUGAUGGUUCUGAUGAAACCAAAACUGCUUGUGCAAGUUCCAGCCAAAUAUGUGAUAUGAAUAAGUAUAAAUGCGCAAAUGGCCAAUGUAUUAAUCGACGUCUUCAUUGUAAUGGACGUAAUGAUUGCAUAGAUGGUUCAGAUGAGUUGUUUUGUAAUAAUGUUACUAAAGCGCCGUGUCAAUUUGGUACAUGCUCUCAAAUUUGCAUACCCAAAAAAAAUUUAACUUUUUCUUGUCAUUGUGCACCUGGUUAUAGUGCCAUGUUACCAAACAAAUCAUGUCAAGCAGUUGGAGCUUCUGCAUUAUUAGUUGUCGCCAGCAAUGAAGGAGAUAUAUAUUUUGUCGAUCCAUACAAAUCGCACGAGAAUUUCUUUAAAUACUCAGCUGUCACGUUGCCAGCUCAUAAAAUACACUCCAUAGACAUAUUGUGGUCAGCCAAUGUAUCGUAUCUUUUUUGGAGCGAUCACAAUUCCAAAGCGUUGUAUUCCACCAUUUUGGACAAUCCAGUCAAAAAACCUAGUACAAUCACCCGUGAUCUUAAUACCGUAAAAACAAUUGUCUACACCGUUGGAAGUCCUGAAAGUAUCGCUGUGGAUUGGAUAUCAAAGAAUUUGUAUUGGAUUGAAAAUUCUGUACGAACUAAAGUAAUUAAAGUAGCAACAAUAGAUGGAAAAAAUAUCAAAACAUUAAUUAAACUUGAAGCCGACCGCAAACCACAAAACAUUGUAUUGGAUCCUCAAUCGGGAUCAAUGUUUUGGUCCGAUCUGGGUCGUAAACCCCAUAUUGAAACUUGUUCAAUGGACGGUUAUAACCGACGAACGUUUGUUAGUGAUUCUGUUCGUAGUCCAGCCGGUUUAACAAUAGACUAUGCAGCUCGUCGUUUAUAUUGGUCCGAUACAAAACCAUAUACAGUUGAAUCGAUUUCACUGGACGGAAAAGGACGUAGGGUUAUACACAAAUUCCCUAAAGGCAAGCAUCCAACUAACAUCGAGUUGUUUGAAGAUUCAAUUUAUGUAACGCUCCUUACAACAAUUGUGCGUAUAGACAAAUUUGGAGACAAGAACAUGACGACCUUGGCUAAAAACAUAUUUAGAGCGACUGAUUUAGUGAUGAUGCAAGAAAAUAAACAUCCCAAGUACUUGAUUGAUUUUUGCACCGUUAAUCCAUGUCAUCCUACCGCUUUAUGCACUCCAAGUACAAAUCCAAAAAAUCGUACUUGCAUGUGUGCCGACAAUCAAAUGGAAGUAUCAACGUUAACUGAUAUAAAGUGUAUGGCUAAAGAAACGCCUUCGUUCGUUUGUGAACCUCCUUGUUUGUUGGGUGUGUGUGUUUCUAAUGGUACAUCGCCUCUAGGGCGAUGCAAGUGUGAUCCGUUCUUUACUGGAGAUACCUGUGAUGUGUACGCGUGUCAUAAAUUUUGUUUUAACGAAGGUAUAUGUUAUGUUGAACCUGGACCGACUCCUGAAAAUGAUACCAUACCUAAGUGUAAAUGUUCUCCUAAAUGGUCAGGUGAAAAAUGUGAUAUACCGAUACCUCAACAAGGCGGUUGCCCGGGAGGUUGUUUAAACGGUGGCAGUUGUAUUGACAAUAAUUGUGAUUGUCAACCUGGGUUCACGGGUGAAAAUUGUGAGAAAUGUGUUAACGUUGAGUGCAAAAAUGGAGGAGUGUGCGUAAAAUUAGAAAAUGGUGUCUUCGAAUGUAAAUGCACCAACGGUUUCCGAGGACCGUCGUGCACAGAGUUAGAUUGCAACAAUUAUUGCAUUCAGGGUACUUGCAUGUUAAACACCGAUGGACCUCAUUGUAAAUGCCACAAAGGGUUCACAGGUCAACGCUGUGACUUGAUUAGCUGUACUCAAAACACAUGUCUGAAUGGAGGGUCUUGUUACAUCAAAGAAAAUCAUACUGCUUGCUUGUGUCCUCCUCAAUUCAGAGAUCCCCAAUGCGGCAUUAAUAUUUGUGAUUGUAAGUGCAAUGUGGACGACCAUUUAUGUCAAACAUACUGCCCCACUAGAAAACAUCCAAUGUGUAAUCAGUCUGAUGAAAUAUCAAAUUUGUGUCAUCCCGGCAAGUGUAAAAAUGGCGGCACUUGUAUAAUUGAAAAUGGUCGAGCCACGUGUAGGUGUGUUGGUCCGUGGGGCUUCUCCGACUGUAGUAAUAUUAUAGUUGAUUCGGGCUCGUGUUUAGGCUACUGUUAUAAUGGUGGUUCGUGUUUCUUAGAAACCAAUGAAGCCCAUUGUAAAUGUGCCACAGGUUGGACAGGACAACGUUGCACUGAUCGUUUCACCUGUUCUAACUAUUGUCUAAACGGGGGCACUUGUAUACAACCAGAAAAAUCCACAGAAAGCCUCACAUGCCACUGUCGAAAAGGGUAUGUAGGAGAGAGAUGUCAAAAACAGUUAUUUAUAGAUCAUACAACAUCGUCGGAACACAACAAAAACAAACACGGACUUGACGCUCUUUGGAUAGUAUUUUUCAUUGUCGUCGUGUUGAUAAUCAUCACUUCCAUUACGUAUUACACGAAACUUAGAAGACGAGGUCGUUCUUUCUUACACGUACGUAUGCAAGAAAACAUUGAAGUAAACAACCCAAUGUACAUACAAGACGACAUAGAUGAAGAAGACGUACAUUUAGAUCGUGCUUUUCCUUUACAAGAAAAGCCCAGUGGAGGAAACUUUGGGAAUCCAGUUUAUGAUUCGGUAUACAGCGCGUGUAGCAGUGUGUCUGCUACGGGCAGUGAAGAAAGCAAAGGAUUGCUUCAAAGCACUAACUUGACAAACCAAAAUCUCACUCAAGAAACAAGCCAUGACGAAACAUAAAAGUAAAUCACAUCACUGCUAAUUUGUAUACAUUCUUGUUUAACGAAUUUAAACAAAGAACUUGAUGGACUCGAAUAACAUUUUUUUAAACCAUGUCGUUAUUAAAAAAAAAUGUUUAUAGAAGUAAGUUAUUAUUAUGUUUUUUUAUAAAAAUAAUAAUCCCCUUUGAUUAAUAAUAUUAGUUCCUAUAAAACAAAUACCAAUUCAACAAUAAUUUCUGUUAUCGUUGUAACCUUACUACUUAUAACUACUUAUACAUGCUGUAAACAUUUGUCUUAUCCAAGCCGAUUGCAAAGCUGUAAUAAACUAUAUAAUAUUAUUAUCAUGUAACUUACAAACAAUACCCUUAAAAAAUAACUACAAUUUAUUAAAAAAAAAAAAAAAAUUCUUAUAAUAAAUAUGUUUAAAUUUCAAAAUUACGAUUUUAUUGAAUAUAUAUUUUUCUCCUCCAUAUCGCUAAAUUUUUACUUCCUACCCUCUGUAUUGUAUAUGCUCGCCUGUUAGGUUUUUUCUAUAAAAAAUAUUGAAAUAUUGUUAAUACAAAACACAGUUAUUAGUAAGUGUUAAUGUUCAUAAUGUUUUUUAUUUAGCUAUAACAUUUUAUGGUUGUGUGUGGCGUAUAAUUAAUUGUGAGCCAAUGAAAUACAUCACUCUUUUUUUAAAAAUAAUUUCAUUAUAAUUACCGAAACAGUCAAUUUGUGAUUUUAGUUAGAUUAAUAAUAAUAAUUGUAAAAAUAAAAACGAGUGCUUCUCAAUUGUGUCAAAAUGUAUAGUCUCAUGUGUCUUCAAAGUAGUAUUAUAAAUUGUAUUAUUAAAGUAAUGUGUUGUAUUCCUUAAGAGUGUUAUUUUAUACGUUUUCAAACAUACACAAUGUUAAUUAAUAGUGCAAUAAAUAUUUUGUUAAACAAUGUAUCCCUAACCUGUGUCCCCACCCAUUGUAUGGUCGACUGCUGCUAAUGAUCAAGCUAAUGUUUUUCUUAAGGUAAACUUUUUAUCGUAAAUCAAUAAUUAAUUAUAAAAUUUGUGGAAAAUAAAUUUUUUAAUUCCUCGUCAAA